AUGACCAUCAUGAGACCGGAACCGGGAGACGCCCCCCGGCUGGACCUGGGCAAGAAGGUCAGCACGCCGCAGGACGUGAUGAUAGAGGAGCUGUCCCUGCGGACGAACCGGGGCUCCCAGCUCUUCCAGCAGAGGCAGAGGCGGAUGCAGCGCUUCAUCUUUGAGUACCCCAGCGGCUACAGGAAGGUGGGUCUCCUUGCCACUCCUGGGGCAGGAGAAUCGCAUGGCAUGGAGGGAGGCUACCCGGAGGGAGCGGCAAACCAGUGGUCGAGAGGCGACAGCGCUGAGGGACAGCAGAGGUACCACUCUGAGCUCCAUGUUGCGGCAUCAGCCCGGGGGGGCCCUCCYGAAGUGCCCAAGAAGACAGAAAAAGUCUUGCAUAUGAGCAAGGUUCUCAAUCCAGAUGCUCUGGCUCCAGGCUACUCCGGCCCCCUCAAAGAAGUCCCCCCUGAGAAGUUUAACGCCACCGCCAUCCCCAAGGGCUACCGCUCCCCGUGGCAGGAGCUCCUCAACGAGAAGCACUUCCCUGUGGAGAGCGUGAACCACCUGCUUAUGAAAGCCUCUCACGGGGACUUCAGGAACUUCAACAGGACUCCCACCCCGUUUGACCGAGCACAGGUCAGCGACACGUUCUCUCUGCCUGUGAUGGAGUUUGACAACCUGAGCACUCUGGAGCUGAUGUCCCGCAGACCCAGCUUCAACAGAGCACCACAAGGUUGGGUGCGAAUUCUACCAGAGAGUGAAGAGCUGUAAUCCCCUCCUUCCCCGUCGCUGCGGAUGCUUUUCCUGCUAGACUCGAACAUAUUUCGCACAGUAGGGCAGAAGGGAGUAAAUAUUCUUGCCUAUGCACUUCAUUAAAGCUAAGCUAGUGGUCUAAGGUUGCCAUCCUUUUCCAAAGGAUUUGAAUAAGCUCGAGUUUGGGACCAUUUUGAAUCCCUCUCAUACUAGCCAUUAUCUCAAGAGCAUUUAGCACUAGCCUAACCAGCCAAGUUCUCAUCUCUAAUGCAAGGUCCCUGUAAGCUCCUGUAACCAUCCUUGUGCAAAACAUCCCAAACAGCCUGUCCUCUCCCCUGCGUUGUGGAAAAUGGCAGAAGCACCAGCUGUAACAUUCAGUUGUCUUGCUGCUUCUUCACUGACACGCGACACCAGCUUCAACAGGUGGUGCCUUUGCAGAGAAAUUCCAUCCCAAGGGCAACUCUGCAUCUGUCAUUCUGGUGAGAGGAGGCGAUAAUUGAAGAACUUCUGCAAAAUAAGUUACUAGCAGCUUUGGCAUGUUACAUGCUGUUACUUUGGCCUUAGUUGAAAAACAAAUGCUGAACUAGGCAUUUGCCCGUUCACCAACAUGCAUCCAGCACAGCCUGGAUGUGUGGGAUGGGAACAGCAUCGUGAUUUGGAAACUUGUGCCACAAGCUGCUGGCAAGCACUUUACAGUUGUCCUUUUCCCUUUCCUGCCUGCAUGCCUUGCUUGAAUGUCUAAACAUUUGGUUGAAUAAUGCCAGAUUUGCUUUACACUGUUGGUCAAUAAGGAUCAGGCCCCACCUGCAGCAGAUGCCCAGC